AUGCCUGCAACAGAAAUAACUCCACAGAGACGAUACAGUACAUUUUCUAUUAACAGCUAUCGGUCAAGUAAUAGUUCUGUUAAUAAUAAUUCAAAUUCUGCUAUUACAACAUCAAGAUCAAGAAAAAAUAGUUUUGGUAUUUCAUCAAUAUUUGGUUCAUUAAAUUUUUCAUCAAAUUCAAAUUCACGUAAUAAUUCAAAUAAAAUGAUCUCUACAACACCAAGAGAUUUUAAUAAUGAAAAUACAAAUAAUUUGAAUCGUAAUGAUUUAAAUCAUAAUAUUCCUGCUGUAUUAGAACCAUCACAAGUACAAUAUUUAACAUCCCUGAAUAAUAAUAAUAAUAUUAUUAGUUCAUCAGUAUCCAAUUCACCAUCAUCAAAUCCAUUUGCCUCAUAUUCAAAUUAUACUACAAGUAUAAAUUCGGAAUUACCUUCUGUAAGACGUGAACCAUUUAAAUUACCAGAAGAAUAUAAUUUACCAAUUUUUUUACCAUUAAAAUCUGUUGGGAAAGAUCAAACUGUUACAGAUUUUACAUUAACAAGAAAUAAUUCAGAUAGUAAACAUGCAGAUUUUUCAACUUUUCACUUUGUUAAUGCACAUUCUGAAACUAUUGCAAGUAUAUAUCCUCCUGUAUCAUGGAAUAUAACAUCAGAUGAACAACAACAAUUAUCAUCUCAUGAAAAUCCACCUUGUAAAAAUAUUAAAACUAUUGAUGGCUUAUAUUCAAUUAGAUUAACUCCAUUUAUUGAUCCCUCAAUUGAUGAACAAGAGCAAGCUGAUUUUGUUAGAUCACAAGGCUUGUAUUUUGAUCCAAUUAUCAGAACCGCAGGACCAGAAUCACAACUUGUUAUUGCAAGAUAUAUGAAUAGUUUUGCAACAAUGCAUAAUUACAAUGAUUUAAAAUUAAAAGAAUAUUUUAAACCAAUUUUAUUUAAAUCUAAUGUUGUUUCAAGAUUACACGGUUGUGUCAAAGUUGAUAGAAAUGGUCAAUGGUAUAUUAAGGAUUUUAAUUCAUCGAGUGGUACAUUUUUAAAUCAUAAACGUAUUUGUUCUUCAAAUGAUAAAGAUAAUGAUAUUUUAAUGGAUGGUGGUGAUCAUUUAUUACAUGAUGGUGAUGUAAUUCAAUUAGGUAUGGAUUACAAUGGUGGUAGAAAUCAAAAAUUUCGUUGCGUUAAAGUUAAAGUUGAAUUAAAUUUAUCAUGGAAAAUUAAAUCAAGAAAUUAUAAAAAAAUGGGUCUUGAAAAAUUGCAUACUUUAAACACAAUGAAUUUAUUAUCAAACAAUGCUAAUUCUUUAGAAUCAUGCUCAAUUUGUCUUGAAGAAUUAGAUCCAUGUCAAGGUAUAUUCAUCUCACCAUGUAGUCAUUCAUGGCAUUUUAAUUGUAUUAGAAGAUUAUUAUUAUCAAAUUAUCCACAAUUUAUUUGUCCAAAUUGUAGAGCCACAACAGAUUUAGAAGCAUCAAUGGAUAAUUUAGAAAUUCAAUCAACAUCACCAUUGUCCUCUAGUGGUAAAAACACUCCAGUGCAGGACACAGGACGUGCACAUAGUCCAUUAACAAGGGAUAUGUUGUAA